UCUUUCCAGUUCCAUCACGGAACAUGCAAGAACGUGAUUUGUUGGCUUCCGCCUCUUCUCGCUGUUCUGUGCUUGCCGUUUUGUGAUAGAUUAUUCACUCUCCUGCCGUGUGUACAGUCAGUUGCUUUGGAGUGCGGGGGUCAGAAGUCAAUGUGCAAAUUGAAAGUAACCGUGAAGUCCGGAGCCUGUGAUUGGCUGUUUGUUUUGGAGCUGUGACACACCAAGUGAACAGGAAGCUAGCAUCUAUAGGGCUAGCGUGACAACUACUGUGACUCCCAGCUGUGAGCGGCCCUCAGACUGCCAUUCUUUCUAGCAAAUUGGUUUCAUUAACACAUGAGUGAGUGUCGAGAUAGUAACGUUCAUCCUGGCAUGCCGCCUCUAUUCUGUGGCUGACGACAGCUUUCGGAGCAACUGUUAUCUAUUGCAGAACUUCGUAAGAGAUACUGAUUAACCCGUGAACCGUGACAAUGGGUUUACUGUUAUACAUGCAGUCAUGUGUCAUUGUGACUCUGUGCCUGGUUCCUGCAACAUCAUUAGGUGUGGAGCUGGAGCCAAGCUUUGAUGUUCCGAUGGUCAAUGUAACGGUUAAGGAAGGUACCACUGCUAUCUUGCCCUGUUCUGUAAAGUUCCUCGGACAACACCAGGUGGUGUGGACCGAUCAGCUGUCGACGUUGUUGACGUUUGAGGACCGGCGCAUCAUCGACGAUGAGCGUCUGAGUAUUGAAAGACCCUACACGAAGGACUGGAAUCUUCAUAUCCGUUCUGUUAGAUAUCGUGAUCAGGGAAUAUACAGCUGCCAAAUCAACACGAGUCCUGUCAAGAUCAAAACCAUCAACCUCAACGUAAUAGUGCCAGCAAAAAUUUUACCUGAGCUCUCAUCCGAGGACAUGGCUGUACGAGAAGGCGAGACGGUGACACUCAUAUGCAAUGUCACAGGAAUCCCCAUGCCAACCGUCACAUGGUACAGACACAAUCCCACCAAGGACGAUGUUAGCAAAGACAGUGAGUUCUGCCCAGGCACGAAUAAGAUCGGCAUCAGCGGAGAAGUCCUCCUCAUCCACAACGUCAGUCGGUACUGCGGUGGUAACUAUGAAUGCAUCGCCUUCAACGGUGUACCGCCAGCCGUAAACAGGUUGAUACGGAUUUCGGUUGAAUUUCCACCCGAGGUAAGCCUCCCUAACAAACGGAUUGGUCAAGACGUCGGUCGAGAGACAAUACUGGAGUGCAAGAUCUCUGCCUACCCCCAGGCGAUCAGUGUCUGGAUGAGGAAGGGGGUGGUGAUAUCCAAUGGUGGCAAGUACAGGGUGGAGAUAUAUCAUGAAGCGGAACAUACAAUGACCCUCAGUCUGAGGAUCAGGAACCUGGAGGACACUGACUUUGGCAGUUACACGUGCAUGUCUUCCAACUCAGUGGGGAAGGAUGCUGAGAAUAUGAUACUAUAUGAUUACUCAGCAAAUCGAAAAACGACAGCAGCAACAACGUCAAUAAUUCCAACUACGACAUCCCAAAGUUCAUUUACAACGACAACUAUUCCAAUUAUAACGUGGAACCCGCACGCAAGCCGUACGCCGGAUGGGAAACCAGGAGAUACAGUGGUCAACAUCGUCACCAGGAAACCUACGCCGAGGCCAGAUCAGAGGCCACAGUUAGAUCCGGGUAACUCUCUUAAAGCCUACAACACUAUCAACAACAAUAUGGCGACCCUGUGUACGGGUAGUCUGUUGCCUGUGUGCGCUCCUGGUGGCCCAGUACAGUCUAAAACAGUCCAAGGACAGGCACAUAAGAACAUUUGCUCAACCAGUGUAGUUUUAUGUGGAUUAAUAUUUGUGUGGUUUCAUAGCUGACUGUUUCUACGUCGUGUGAGGUAUGUGCUAUGCAAGUAAGGAAUGGAGCUUUAAUGCUAGCCUUGGUGAACCUGGGUUCAAAGUGAUAGCACCGACAUGGAACAGGAAGCACAGAGCACAUAAUCACAGAACAUGUAUCACCUACUGUGCAAUUAUGAUUUAUUAUGGCUGUGUAAACUGAAAACAGUUUUAAGAGGAGGAAGUGUUUUCAUAAUCAAGACAUGUCAUUAUGUGUUCUUCAAAACAGUCCUAAUUACGUUUAGGAGGGACUCUUGGCUCAUCACUCUCACAUGUUCCUCAACAUCCGUGAGCGAAAACAAAGACUUGUGUAAUAACACGUGUACAUAUAUUCUAAUAAACCAAAAAUCAAGGUGAACGUCAAAGUGCCAAGUUUUUUUUGUGUCCUAUAACGGUAUAAAGCUGACACUGUUUUCGAAAACAGGUUUAGCAUUCCAUGAUGGCUACGACAAGAACUCGUGUAGAAAUAUUUCUUCAACACAGUAACUCACGGUGAUGAAUAUCAACUAUUCCAUGAAUGUUUCCACUCCAAGGCUUGAACGUGUGGAUGUUCUAUGGACAAAUAGGGAAUCUGUAAAGACGCAUUGAUGACAUAAUAAUUAACAAACUCUGAGAAGACGAAUCAAACAGUCAUACCAGAAAUGCACCAAAUAUUCAUUGCAAUUUGGCUUUAGAUAUCUGGGCAUAGAGUGAACGUUUGUGUAAGGAUUUUACGCAGCUCAGUAUUACCAAAUACCUUAGUUCCAUAGACAAAAGCUAUGACGCCAAAGAGCAUCUUCAGGUGUUAAUAUGCUUCCUUGUUUAUAUUCUGGUUAUGUAAAUUCACGUGGAACUAACCACAAUGUAUAUUUACCAUGUGUUUGAGAUGCAUGCCUGUCAGUAGUGUACAUUAUCACAUAACGCUCAUUUUCUACUGCCAAUAUUGAUUGAUACGUUCAAGAAAUGUGCUAAUGAGAAAAGUACUCAGGGUUAAGCAAUACUGGGUCCACUGCGGUCACAUGUUUGAUGGCGGAAGUCAAACCAAAGAGCGACUAUGAAGAAAUUCUUUCUUUUUCAGAUAUAAAGAUCAUGUGCACUGUUUCCAAGGAGAUAUUGUCCUUCACGAUUACCAUUAACGCUUCAAAGAAUUAUAUUUGUUGUGUUGCAACUAGUGCCUCUUUUGUGGACAACAGCCAUUCCUCAGCCCAGACGACCCAAAGAUACAUCUGCUAAGUUAGUUUAAGACAUGCAGCACUUUGAAUAUAUUGUCACCCUUCUAUUACUGAGAUUCCUUUAUUGGGGCAAUAUAUAUUGACCGCGAACUUCACUCCUACUUCAGUCGUUACUGGUUGAGCAAGAUCUGAUGCGAGAACACCUUGUGUCGUCACUUUUACAUAAUUUUUCAAGAGUGUGUUUGGUUUGAUUGUGAUAUUUUCAUGCGAAAGAUAUACGAGUAUGAACAGACCUCUUUGAUUUAUAGACGUCUUUGAUUUAUGGUGACACUAGGUGUUGCGUUUAUCAGAUAUCUGCGACAGCGAUUACCUUGUCAAGAUGAAACGUUAUGGAUCAAUCAGUUAAUUACAUUUACAUUAAUUUAUUAAAACUAAACAAACAUCAAAGACGAUUAGUUUUCAUUGCAUUGCAUUUCAGAUUGUUGUUAUUGUUUUAAGGGCAAUCCUGACAAGGCCUACUGUUAUAUAUAUGUAUACAUACUGUACAUAGGAUAACUAUGUCAGUUUUGGAUUAUGAGUCGGUGAAUUGCGAUAUAUCUUAGCCUGAAAUGUCUUGACAAGCCUGUACAUAUUUUGUGACAUUUAGAUAUUUGGCACUGUAUAUUUAAAUUGCAUAUACAUGUUUGUAUAUACGUGAGUGUGACAAUGCGAGUUGAUAUUGUGUCGUAUCUAUAUCCUUUGCAAAUAUAAGUUCGCUAUAUAUUGCUGUGAUAACAUGUCUCUGCCUGUUUUCCAAUGUAGGGUAUCAUUUAAUCUCAAACGAUAGUCAGUCACAUACACUGAUGUAGAUUAUUGGAUGGCAGUAUCAUGGUGGCUCUAGGAUAAUCAUGACAAAGUCAUGAGUAGUAUGUUUGUAUAAGGAUUUAUGUUGCACUAUGAUAUGAAGUAUAUUUAUCAUCCAAAACUUGUCUUCCACGGGAGAUAUCAGUUGGGUAAAAUUAAGCUUCAUGUCCGAGGCGAUACUACGACAAUGAAAUUGCAUCACAAUACUUUGCAAACCACUGUUACGUCAUCGGGUACCACGACAUCACAAUCAGCGACAUCACGUAACAAAGGAUUACUAGAAUACAAAGGUAUCACAUGGAACAGUGAACAUACUAUCAUUCGAUUUUUUAGUUACUUCAAGGUGGAUAGAAAUAUACAGGUUACUAAAAUCCAGAUGUGAAGGAUACGUAGAUGUACAAAAAUCAGAAGGAAACGGGUAUACAUUGUUCAACUGGCCAGUUCAAUUUGUCAAAGAACUUACAUUGAUACUGUCUUUAUUACUAGUGUACAAUGUGAAAGUAGCACAGAUGCGAUUUUAAAGACCUCGUAUUUGGUCUGCGUAUGAUACCAUUCUUUUUAAACGUAAAAAGUGUUCUUAACUUAAGGUGUUCAUUUGUGUUAUACCAUUGCCCCGGUGUAUGGUCAUUUAGGGGUAUAAUAGAAUACUACCAAACUUAUUUAUUUGUCUGUAAAUAGAAAAUUCCUUUACAGAAAACUUUCCUUGAGACACUUUUCCUUGUUACGAGUAGGGGGGCGGCGGGGUAGCCUAGUGGUUAAAGCGUCCGCAAGUCACGCCGAAGACCCGGGUUCGAUUCCCCACAUAGGUACAAUGUGUGAAGCCCAUUUCUCGUGUUCCCCGCCGUGAUAUUGUUGGAAUAUCGCUAAAAGCGGCGUAAAACUAUACUCACUCACUGUUACCAGUAGGGUUCAUGUUUACCGAUCAUGAAGAACUUAUUUUUUUCAUUUUACGUUUGACAGAUGAAGACUUCAAACAAGGUAAUGCUGUCAUGUAAAUACGAUGCAGCUCUUUCCACAGUGUGCACGCAAUGCGUUUUACUGUUGAUGUUAACUUGCGGAAAUUGAAUUGUACAUCGUUUUGCCAUGAUAUCAUAUGAUUAUGCUGUAUGUCAUUACCAUGCUCAUGCAGUCAUUUAGAAUAAAACAUUUUUGAACUUA